UUUCUUUUAAAUUAUAAAAACUUUAGCAUUUAAACAACAAAAUAUUUUAUUUUACUCUUUUUUUUUGAAUAUGGAAGCAUUUUGUGUUAAUAAAAAUACUCCUUUAUUUGAUACCGAAAGUCUUAAAAAUGGAAAUUCAAGUACAAUACCGAGAGUUUCUGAAUGUUAUCAACAAACUACACUUUAUGCUCUUCCUGCUUUUUUCUUGCUAAUUUUUUCACCUCUUGUUAUUUAUGAUUUUAAAAAAAGUACAAAAGGGCCGUUGUUAAGACGAACACCGACAACUUUGAGAAUUUUUUUGUGUGGAUUUCUUCUUAUUAAUGUUCUCAUACAAAUUGUUUAUUUCUCUGCCACAUUUACUUGGAAUCAAAACUUAAAUCCUUCUUCAAAUGGAGCAUUGCCAAUUUUUAAAUUUCUAGCACUUCUUUUGUUGGAUAUUUCUUUAUUUUUGGCUCUAAUUUUGUUGUUGGGAUGUCGCCGUUUUGGACUAGCAACUUCUGGUGUAUUAUUUAAUUAUUGGCUUUUAUUAGCUGUUUGUGGAAUUCCUCGAUUUCGUGAAUCUGUUGAAUUAUGGUUUGGAGAGAAUGGAAGGGAUAAUAAGGAUUAUUUUGCCGCUUUACUUUUUAUUCUUUAUUAUGUUGUUGUUGUAAAAAUAUUGUUUAUUUCUUGCUUUGCAGACCAUUCUAGAACUGAUGAAAUUAAUUCAAAAACUUGUCCAGAACCUUCCGUUUCUUUUUUAAAUAGAAUUCUUUUUAUUUGGUUUGAUGGUAUUGCUCGGCUUGGAAAUAUGAGAGCUUUAGUUAUUGAUGAUUUAUGGAAUCUUCCUGAACGGGAUAAAUCAAAACAUUUGACCAAAAAAUUUGAAAGGAUUCGAGAAAAACAAUUUAAAUCAUAUAAUCAACAAAAAAUCAAAAAAGUAAAAACUCCUCUUUUGAAGAAAAAUCAAAAUGGAAUUGAAGAGACUGAAUUAUUGGAGACAAAUGGUUAUAAACCUGAAUAUUCUACAAAUAAAAAUGAAUUUAAAGAGAACUCUUCACCUCCAUCGUUAAUUUGGGCUUUAUUCCUAACCUUUAAAUUUUCUUUGUUCGGUGCAAUAUUUUACAAAAUAAUUCACGAUUUAUUGCAAUUUGCACCUCCAAAAUUGUUGGAUUUACUUUUACAAUUUAUUGAAACGCCCGAAGCUAAUAUUUGGAAUGGAAUUGGAAUUGCUGUUUGCAUGUUUUUGUUAAAUUUUAUUCAAUCGAUGUUUAUUCAUCAAUAUUUCCAUAUAAUGUUUCGUAUUGGUAUGAAUGUUCGGUCAAUACUUACUUCCGCAAUUUAUAAAAAGGCUCUUCUACUUUCUAGUAAUGCACGAACAAAACGAACAAUUGGCGAAAUUGUUAAUUUAAUGACGGUUGACAUUCAAAGAUUUCAAGAUAUGGCUUCUUGGAUUAAUUUUAUGUGGUCAGCCCCCUUUCAAGUUCUAUUAUCUCUUUAUUUUCUCUUUCAACUUUUGGGUAUUUCUGUAUUGGCUGGACUUAUUUGUUUAAUUACUUUUAUUCCAAUAAAUGCAAAAUUGUCUUUAGCUAUGAGAAAAUAUCAACAAAAACAAAUGACAUUAAAAGAUGAAAGAUUGAAAUUAAUGAAUGAAAUAUUGAAUGGAAUUAAAGUAUUUAAACUUUAUGCUUGGGAAGAGAGUAUUGAGGAUAGGAUUCUUGGAAUCCGUAAAAAAGAAUUACAACUUCUUCGUCGUAUUGCUUAUGUAAAUGCAAUUUCUUCGAUAACCUGGUCUUGUGCUCCAUUUUUGGUUGCUGUUUCAACAUUUUUUGCUUAUUUACUGUUAGAUCCAGCCAAUAAUGUUUUAACUCCGAGAAUUACUUUUGUUGCUUUAUCUUAUUUUAACAUUCUUCGUUUUCCACUUGCUAUGUUUCCAAUGAUUGGUUCUCAAGCAGUUCAAUGUAAUGUUAGCAAUAAACGAUUGAAAACGUUUUUGGCUGAAGAUGAACUUGAACCUUUACCUUCAAACAAUUCUUUUGGAGAUUCUUCCCUUUCAAUUUCUUUGCGAAAUGCUAGUUUUUCUUGGAGUGAAGAAGAACCAUUGUUUUUGAAAAAUCUUAAUAUUGAAAUUAAACGAGGUUCUUUGGUUGCCGUAGUUGGAAGAAUUGGAUCAGGCAAAAGUAGUUUGUUGUCAGCAAUUCUUGGUGAAAUGUAUUGUAAAUCUGGAACUGUUGAAAUUGAUGGACAAAUUGCUUAUGUUCCUCAACAGGCUUGGAUACAAAACAUGUCUCUCAGAGAAAAUAUUCUUUUUGGAAAUACUUUGAAUAAGCAAUCGUAUGAUGUUGUUAUUGACGCAUGUUCUUUACAGCAAGAUUUGGAUUCUCUUCCUGGGGGUGAUUCUAUAGAAAUUGGAGAAAAACAAAGAAUUAGUCUUGCAAGAGCUGCUUAUUUGGAUCGUGAUAUUUAUUUUUUAGACGAUCCAUUAUCUGCUGUUGAUUCUCAUGUUGGGAAGCAUAUUUUUGAUAAAUUAAUAGGAUCUAAAAAUGGUUUAUUGAAAACAAAAACUCGUGUUUUGGUCACACAUGGUCUUUCUUUUCUUAAAUAUUGUGAUCAAAUUAUUGUUGUUAAAGAUGGACAAGUAACAGAAUCGGGAUCUUAUCACGAUUUACUCAAAUCCUCUGGCGAACUUUCUGAAAUUAUUGAGGAAUAUGUAUUGAAGCAGCAAUCUGCCACUAAUGUAAACGAAGAGCCAGACGAUGAAAUAUUGGAUGUUUUAGAUGAAUUGGAAAAAAUCCACCCUGAAAAAUCACUUCCAAGAUUGUCGGCUAGAAGAGUAACUUCAGAAAGUGAAACUUCUGCUAAAGCAGUAAUGCCUCAACAAAAAGAGUCAACUACAACAAUUCCUCAAAAGAAGCUAAUAACAAAAAUAAUAGAAAAAGAGGAAGUAUUUACUGGAAAAGUUAAAUUUGGAGUCUAUUUGGAAUAUUUGCGAGCAGUUGGAUUGAUAUCUUUGACUUUCUUUCUUUGUAUUUAUUUGUUGUCAAGUUUACUUGGUAUUGCUACCAAUCUUUGGCUUGCUAAAUGGUCUGAUCAGGCAGAAAAGAUCCAAAAAGGAACUUCUUCUUUUUCUACUGAGACAAAAUCAAAUUUACUCAUUUACACUUCGCUUGGAAUAGCACAAGCAUUCACAGUUGCAUUUGGCUCAGUUAUUAUGUCCAUUGGAAUGAUAAAAGCAAGCCGAAAAUUACAUCAAACAAUGUUGAAGAGUGUACUUCGUUCUCCAAUGUCUUGGUUCGAUAUCACUCCGCUUGGUCGUAUAAUGAAUAGAUUUGGAAAGGAUGUUGACAGUUUGGAUAGCGAAAUUCCUCGUUCGUUUACUUCAUUUCUCAGAACUUUACUUGCAUCAGCUGAAACGCUAGCAAUGAUUUCUUAUGCGACUCCUCAAUUUAUGUUGUGUGUUGCGCCCCUUGCCAUCUUUUAUGGAUUAGUGCUUCGUUAUUAUGUAAGUACCUCGCGUCAAUUAAAACGUCUAGAAUCAACAACUCGAUCACCAAUUUAUUCGCAUUUCCAGGCAAGAAACUUUUUUUUAAACUUUUUUUUUCAAAAAUUUUUUUUUAGGAGUCUGUACAAGGUGCUAGCUCAAUUCGUGCUUACAAUUGCGUUGAACGAUUUUCGAUUGAAUCUCAAAAACGUGUGGAUAAUAAUAUGGUCAUUUAUUUCUCUUCUAUUGUGGCAAAUAGUUCGUUUGGAAUUAGUUGGCAAUUUUAUUGUAUUUUUCUCUGCAUUUUCUGCUGUUUUAUUCCGCCAUACUGAUCAUGUAACUGCUGGAUUAGUUGGACUUUCUGUUUCUUAUGCUCUUUCUGUUACUCAAGUAUUAAAUUGGGCUGUUAGAAUGGCCUCUGAAUUGGAAACAAAUAUUGUUUCAGUUGAAAGAAUCAAGGAAUAUAAAGAAACACCAACUGAAGCAUCUUUGGAAACUCCGUCAGAAGUUUUUAAAGAAAAGAAAGGAGAAGAAUUUUGGCCAGAAAAUGGGGAAAUUUUAAUUGAUAAUUUAGCUAUUCGAUAUCGGCAAAAUUUGGAUUUGGUAUUAAAAGAUGUUAAUGCACAUAUUUUGCCUCAUGAAAAAAUUGGAAUUGUUGGAAGGACUGGAGCUGGGAAAAGUUCUCUCGUUCUUGCUUUAUUUCGUUUGGUAGAACCUGCUUCUGGUAAAAUUAUUAUUGAUGGAAUUGAUAUAUCAAAACUUGGUCUUAAACAAUUACGUUCUCGUCUUACAAUAGAUCCAGUACUUUUUUCUGGAACUUUUCGUGAAAAUUUAGACCCUUUUGGUCACCAUUCUGACGAUGGUAUUUGGACAGCAUUAAAACUUACACAUUUGGAUGAAUUUGUUAAUACAUUACCGAAUAAAUUGGAUUAUAAAAUUAGUGAAGGGGGUACAAAUUUAAGUGUUGGUCAACGUCAAUUAAUUUGUUUAGCUCGUGCUGUUCUUCGCCGAUCAAAAAUUCUUGUUUUAGACGAGGCAGCUGCCUCUGUAGAUCUUGAAACGGAUCAUUUAAUUCAACAAACAAUUCGUCGUCAAUUUGUUGAUUGUACAGUUCUCACAAUUGCUCACAGACUUCAUUCUGUAAUUGAUUCUACAAGAAUUUUAGUUUUUAGUGAAGGCCGGGUUGCUGAAUUUGAUACUCCAAUUAAUUUAUUUGCUAGACAAGAUUCUCUGUUUCGGGCUCUUUGUUUAGAUGCUGGUAUUAAUAGUAUUGAUGAUGUGAAAAAUGGAAAUAAUGAUAUUAAAGAAGAAGAAAAUAAUGAAGAAAAGAAACAGAAUUGA